AUGUGCUCGUUGCAUUUCAACUUGCUUAAAUUACUGGUUCUCUUCAGAUUGACAGACAUAUUUUCUCCUGGUUUUUGUGAAAUCCCGAAAAAUAUUUCUGAUUUAAUAUCAUUCGGUGAAAAGGUAAGAAGCCUAAGUUUCCACUUGUUGAACUAUACGAAUCAGCAAAAGGAAUAUGUGGUGCUGGCACCUUAUACUUUGUGGAAUCUGGUUUCCCUUGUUGCUUUCACGACCUCUCAAGAUAGUUGGAAACAGCUCCAUAAAACGAUGGGUGUAUCAAAACUUAAAGGAAAUUAUUUCAAUUCAUUUUACAACUACGUGAACAAUUUAAUGACCACAAUACAUUCGCGAGCAUCUUUUAAAAUCAAACGCGUUGUUUUCUAUGAUUCUAGACUGCAGUUGACGAGUAAUUUCAAAGAUAGCAUCAUGGAUUCUGGAAUUUCACUAAAAAUGCUCAAUUUCGAUGAUAAUGUUUUGGCGUCUGAUUCAGCAAAUAACUACAUACAAUUGUCUGAUUCAUUUCUUAUACCGAGGCGAAUUAUUUUUGAUUCAAGUGAUUUUAAGGAGACUUCAAUGAUCAUGAGUGCUGUGAUAGAAUUCGAGGCCGAUUGGGCCAUACCUUUUGAUUACUCCCUUAGCGAUCGAUAUGUGUUGCGUCAAAGUGGUAGAUUUUUUUAUACUGAUAUAGAGUGGUUGCGUGCUUCUGUAUUAGAAUUAUCUUAUGUGAGUGAUUCUGACUUUAGCAUGCUUGUAAUACGACCCCACCAUGGUGUAACUCUCAAAGAUGUGAUAACAAACCUGGCUCUUAAUGAUUUGGACGAAAUAUUUCAGGAAUUAUAUUCAGACGGCUUGAAGGAAAUUUUAAUUGAAUUGCCGAAGUUUUCCUUAACAUCAUCGCUGACAUUAAACGAUCCUUUCAAGUCAAUGGGAGUAAUGGAUGUUUUUUCACCAGAUGCGGCGAAUUUUUCUGGGAUAUCAUCAGACAACUUAUAUAUUCUGAAUAUUGAACAAAGAGUGACGGUGACGGUUUCAGAAAUAGGGACGACAGCCAUUGCAUACACUCCAGCAAAUGUUGCCAAAUCCACUGGCCGAAAUAAAAUAAGAUCUUCAUCGCCAUUUAUAUUUCUAAUCGUGCAUGGACCAUCAUUAACCAUUGUGUUUUGUGGAAAAUACGGCCCUUGA